ACCCGACAAGAGAACAAACAACAGUACAAACAGAAGAGGAACUGAUAAUAUGAGUGUGUAAUCCGCACUGCAGUGUGUGUGUGAGGAUGUGGAUUACUCCUGAAGAAGUUGUGCUGAAAAACGCUCUUAAACUUUGGGUGACACAGAAAUCCAACGAUUAUUUCCUCCUACAACACCGCAGAAGACAUGGAGACACCGGGGGGAAAAUCACAGGUUUGCUGGUGGGGGCGUUGGACACUGUGUUGGACUCCAGUGCUCGAGUGGCCCCAUUCCGGAUUGUUCUGCAUGUGCCUAGGUCACAGGCCAGCUGGGUCAUCGCCAGUGGUGUCACACUAGAGGAGGUGUUGAGACACUGGAAAUGGCUCGAUCAAAACUUACUGCCGUACAUGUCUGUGUUUGAGAAUAAAGAAGACGCUGCCAGUUUUGUACUGGGCAAAGUGAAGGGUUUAAUCGCUGAGGAGGUUCUGGGCGGUCAGGCCGCACGCGAGGACGAUCCGGUUCGGUUCCGUGAAGAUCUGGUGCGGUUCGAGCAGCGCUUCGGUCUGCCUCAGCGAGAGAAACUGGUGACGCAUUACUCCUGCUGCUGCUGGAAGGGACACGUGCCACGCCAGGGCUCGCUGUACCUCACCACCAAUCACAUCGCUUUCUACUCAUUCCUGCUGGGCAAAGAGGUGAAGCUGUUAGUUGCAUGGGCUGAAGUGACGCGACUGGAGCGUGUGUCGGUGGGUUUACUGACGGAUGUGAUCCGUGUGCACACGAGACAGAAGCAGAGAGAUUUCUCCAUGUUUAUGAACGUAGAUGAGGUCAUGAAGGUCAUGUGUCAGCUGGCUGACAUCGCUCUGCGCAGACUGCUGGACAGCGGCGGACUCACUCUCGACCAAUCACUGCAGGACUGCACAAAAAUCACCAAGAGGGUUUUGGAGGAACAGAUGCUCAGACAGUACGUGCUCUCUUUCUUUGGCUUGCCGCGGGUUGAGCGUCUACAGGAAGUGAUGUCAUGCUCAGUUUGGACUCCUCAUGCACGCUGUCACACGCCGGGAACCCUGUACACCACUGACGGGUAUUUGUGUUUCAGCAGCCGCGAGGAGGGACAGUGUACGCUCAUUAUACCACUAGCAGAGAUGCUGUCCAUUGAGAAGGAUGGGAGUACCAGUGCGUUGCCGAACCCCAUGAUCAUCAGCUUGCGAUGCAAGCGAGCGUUUCAACUGAUUGAGCUGCAGCACCGUGAUAUGUUAGUGGAGAACGUCAGAGAGCGACAGCGCGCGCUGCACUGGAAACACGCCAUCAUACACGGACACGACCAACGCAAGAAAUCCACGAUCUCAGCCACACCGUACUACACCUUCUGUUACGACACCAUCCAAUCAGAUGACGAGGACAGCAGCAUCAUCAGUGAUAAAGCUCUUCGUCACACGGUCCUCACAGACGCGCUCAUUACCACAUUCCACCCCAGCCAAUCAGACUCCAGCAACAGCACGUGUAACACAGAGCAUGUUAAAGAGCGUUUAUGGGAGGAUCAUUUCGCUGAGUUCGGUCGUGGGGUUCACAUGUUCCGCACCGAUAAAAUCGGCAAGCUGGUGGCACUGGGAAUACCAGAAUCACUGCGGGGAGAACUGUGGCUCGAUUUCUCAGAUGCGUGCUCAUCGCUGGCAGCUCACCCGAACUAUUACACUGAUCUGCUGGAGAGAUGCCGAGGAGUGAAGAACAUCGCCACUGAGGAAAUAGAGCGAGAUCUUCAUCGCUCGCUGCCGGAGCAUCCUGCCUUCCAGAACGAGACGGGCAUCUGUGCCCUCCGCAGAGUCCUCACUGCUUAUGCCCACCGCAACCCUACCAUCGGCUACUGCCAGUCCAUGAAUAUCUUGGCGUCUGUGUUGCUGUUGUACACUAAAGAGGAGGAAGCGUUCUGGCUGCUGGUCACUGUGUGUGAGAGGAUGCUGCCCGACUACUUCAACCGCAGAGUCAUCGGUGCUCAGGUGGAUCAGUCUGUGUUUGAGGAGCUGAUUCGUGAGCGUUUGCCAGAGCUCACCGAACACAUUCCGGAUGUCUCUCCGCUGGCGUCUGUGUCCCUCACGUGGUUCCUCACGCUGUUCCUGAGCGUCCUGCCAUUCCGCAGCGCACUGUGUGUCCUCGACAGCUUCUUCUAUUACGGCAUCAAAGCGAUCUUCCAGAUCAGUCUGGCGGUGCUGGACACAAAUGCAACAGAGCUGUGUGCAUGUACUGAUGAUGGACAGGCCCUCAUGAUACUCGCCAGUUUUCUGGAGCAGGUCACACAUGAGGAGGAGACACAUGUUUGUUCUGAUGAUGAUGAUGAUGGAGCAUCUUCUCCAGGUGUACACAUAACAGCACUGAUCACUGAUGCAUACGAGAGAUUUGGCUCUCUGACAGUGAAGCAUGUGGAGAUGUUGCGCUGCAGGCAUCGCAUUCAAGUGCUGCAGGCGCAUGAAGACACCUCCAAAGACAAUGCGUUGCGAUUGGUCACUCCAGAUGUGACACUCUCACAGGAAAACCUGUCUGACCUCUACGACCUCUUCAAGACGGAGCACUUCAUCAGUAUAUAUUGGGGUGAUGGUGUGUGUUCAUCUCCUCCUGUGGCUGCAGGCAUCUGUUCAGAACAUUAUUUUGUGGAUCGAGCUCAGUUUAAGAGUCUGUACGAGCUGCUCGUUCCGUUUCUCUGCGGCUCACACACUGAUACUGUCGCUCAACGCACCUUCACACUGCUGGACCACGACAGAGAUAACCUCAUUAACUUCUCACAGUUCACUUGCUGGCUGAAUAUUCUGUACUGUGAGGAGUUGAAUGAGAGAAUCCGGCUGCUCUAUCGACUGCACAUCCCACCAGCCAUGACUGAACAUGAUGAGGACUCACCUCCUCUGAAGAGUCCAGUAUUGUCCAGCAGGAGACCCCUCCAUGCCGACCUGCCAAACGGUGAGAGGAUGAGUUAUGAAGAUCAGCUAAAGCAGAUGCUGCAAAAUUGGACCAGAAAGAAGAAGCAGGAGGAGAAACAUCUCCAACACAUGAAUCAGCGUGAGUUUAUUCAGUUCUGUAAGACACUCUACAGCAUGUUUCAAGGCGACCCAUGUGAAGCCGACCUCUUUCAGGCCAUCGGGAUGGUCACAAGUCUCGUGCUGCAGAUUGGAGAGGCACAACACCGCGACCAGCUGUCGACGGGACAAGGGGAGGCAGGUGGAGCUUCAGGCCACACCCACUCGACUGUGAUUGGUGGAGGCACCAGUGAGUCAGAUGGAGAUUGGUCGGUGAGCUUUGAGCAGAUUCUGGCCUCAUUACUAACAGAGCAGGUGCUGGUGAACUUCCUAGAGCGCCCUGUUGAUCUGAGUGCAAAAAUCAUAUCUGCGAAAACACUGCAGUAUCACAAACGCGCUGGUCUGCUCACGAUCCAGCACGCAGCGGUCAGAUGAUGAUGAUGAUGCAAAUGAACAGCCAUCAAUAAUAUCCUGAAACCAAAAACUAUGAUGUCUUUAAUUUCUAUGUUCAUGGAUGUUGGUAAAAUUGAAUAAAGACCAGCAAGACGGCAGAUAUUUGAUCCCGGUGAUGUGCAUGUUUGUAGCGGACCUCCAAUAUGAUUCCUGAAAGACUGCUGGGGUGAGCCGGACUCCCCUACAAAUCAGUUGAUGCCACUGUUUUACUGUCAGCUUUAAUAAGGAAGUACUCAAUCACUGCCUUAACCUCCAGAACUGACUUGAUGUGGCCUGAAUCUCCUGAGCCACAGAAUGGCCUUAAAAUAAGUUUUAGCCAAAUUUCCUCAGUACAGCAAAGGGAGGGAAUUUACUUUCUGAAAAAGUUUUGUGUCCCUCACCAUGUGUUUUGCGUUCCCUUGCAAUUAUUUUCAACUUGAAAUUGUUCUGUUCUGGUAUAUACCUUUAUCCAUCCCUUAUGAGCAUUAACUGGGUCAUUCCAUGUCAACUCAACCAGAGGUCCACAGCUUCAAGUUUUGAUUUUUAUUCUGGUGAAAGAAAUGCAUAAAUUAAGAUGAAAGCAAAAAUAUCAUGGAUG